GUGUGUGUGGAGUGAGUGUUGUGUGUGUUUUGUGCGCAACGAUUGGCCACUGCUUUGACGUUAUGUCGAGUUAUAGUCGACUCCAGAGAACGAGUCAAUUGUUAUUCAGUCUCUCAAACACUCAAACCGUAACUCAUUUUCCAUUCACUUCUCAAACACUAAUCCAUUCAAACAUUAUUUAAUUGGGAUUUCGAUUGAUAUUACCAUUCAAUACAACAUUCAACACAAGAUUCAACACAUUAUACACACUAUUAUCACAGCAUUCACUCAAUUGAAGCAUUGAUUUGUAAUAUUUGCGUCAAUUGUCAAGUGAUUGAGUGAUCAGUGAAUCCGUGAAAACCGAAGUAAUGGCAGAGAAUAGAGAAGACAACGUCUAUAAAGCGAAACUCGCGGAACAGGCAGAACGAUAUGAUGAAAUGGUGGAAGCGAUGAAACGCGUGGCCACUAUCGACGCCGAUCUGACUGUGGAGGAGCGGAACCUACUGUCUGUGGCCUACAAGAACGUGAUCGGCGCCCGACGGGCCUCGUGGAGGAUCAUCAGCUCCAUCGAGCAGAAGGAGGAGCUCAAGGGAUCCGAGACUCGCAUUGAGUUGAUUAAGACCUACAGAAUUCAAGUGGAGAAGGAGUUGAAAGACAUCUGUCUUGAUAUACUCGAUGUGUUGGAUAAACACUUGAUCCCAAGCGCUUCUACCGGUGAAUCCAAAGUGUUUUAUUACAAAAUGAAAGGUGAUUAUCACCGAUACUUAGCUGAGUUCGCGUCAGGGAAUGACCGGAAAGAGGCGGCGGAGAACUCGUUGGUGGCCUAUAAGGCGGCCUCCGAUAUAGCGAUGACAGAAUUGCCGCCAACACAUCCCAUACGCCUGGGUUUGGCGCUGAACUUCUCUGUGUUUUACUACGAAAUCCUGAACUCACCGGAGAGGGCCUGUAGGCUAGCGAAGGCCGCCUUCGACGACGCCAUCGCAGAACUCGACACUCUCUCCGAAGAGAGCUAUAAAGACUCGACUCUAAUAAUGCAAUUAUUGAGAGAUAACCUCACGUUAUGGACAUCUGAUAUGCAGCACAACGGCGAUGGCGAACAAAAGGAGUCGAGUGGCGGCGCGCCAGCCGAUGAGCCCGAGGCCGCGGCGACAGACGUUUCAUAAAUAUUGCGAAAAGAAAUUUUUAGUUUUUAAGUCCGCGUCUGUCCCUUAACUUCUCAUUAAAACAAAGCAUUCAUUAAUAUUAAUAUUACUUUUAAAUUAUUAUAAUUAUAAUUGAAAAGAAAAGUCUGUUUUCGAUAUCUCUUUUAAAAAUGAAUAGUUAAGACUCCGCUUCGAUAUUGACAUAUAUUUAGAUGCAAUACAAAUGUAAUACAAAUACAAGAAUCCGAAACUUUAUAUAAGAACUCCUUUUCUCUCAUAAACAACAAAAUCUUAUUAUAUGUUAACAAAUGAAAUCACUCUUUCGAGUCAUUUAAUUAUUUUAAUUAUUAAAUAUUAUUAUUAUUUUAGCCAUUAUUUGCUAAACAACAUGAAAAAUAACAACAAAAAAUAUUUUAUUCCAUUUUGUGAUAAAUUCAUUGAGAAUUUGUUUUACUGUAAAGAAGAAAAAGUUUUUAUUUCAUAAACUAACAAAUAAUAAGCGAAACAUCUUUUAGCUAUUAAUAUGUUGGAAAAACUUGAUCUCAAAUUACUUUUUAAUACAAAAUUAUCAACUCUUUUCCCCUUCAAAAACCUUUCAAAACAACUAUUUUAUGUCUAAUUCUAGUCUCGACUCUCAAAAAACACUUACAGUUAACUAAAAAACUUUGAAAAAUAUUUAAAUAAUUUUUAUAUUUCCUUUAUUUUAAUCUGAUUUUCGAUUUCUAUAAUAAGUAUUUAUUACUACUAUUUAAGUGUUUUAUUUAUUUCCAAAAUGAAGUACUCGUUUGAAAAAAAUUCUAAAAACAAUUCAAAAUUUUUAUUUUAAAUGUGAGUAAAAAAGUAGUGAAAACUG